CCCUCGAACCCCAUGGACUGUUGGGUUUUGCACGAGCCCAGAUGUGAAGUCUUCCACGAGGAAUCAUGGAGCCGCGUCCAACAUGAACUUGCUCCGGCGAGAUGUGGGUGGUCUCUACGGAGUAUUCACUGCAGAAAUAUCAUGAUUAAAUCCUCCAGUUGACGGGGUGGGUGGGUGUUUGACUUUUCUUUCUUGUCUUCCCCUUCUACCACGUUUGAAGCCAAAACGUGAACGGACAACAGUAGCAACAGCAGCAGCAGCAACAGCAGUCUGUAUCUCAGCUUGCCAGGCUCGAUCAACAAGAUGGCGCAACUUCUCAGAGAUCGCUUGUCCUUGGACACCGUGAUGGAGAAGCCAGUACUUCCGGCUCUCGGCCUUUUGGCUAUCCUCAUCAUAGGUAACACCAUCAUAAAAACCAUCUACAAUGCCUUCUUCCAUCCUCUGGCGCCUGUUCCCGGGCCGUGGCUUGCAAGAAUAUUCCGGUCGUACAUGACACCUGCUCAAGCAGGAUUACACAGAGCACAAACCCUACGCAGCCUGCACGACAAGUACGGGCCGGUCGUUCGCAUCGGAACCAAUGAGGUUUCCAUCUCUGACUGGUCGGCGUACCGGUCCAUCUACAGCCAAAAGACCAGCAACAAGACGAUCCAUUUCUACGAGGACACAAAAUUGGCCAACGACGGGCCGGGCAACAUUUUCACCUUUCACAGCAAGGAAGCACACUCUGCUCGACGCAAGCUCCAAAAUCCCGUUUUCAGCCAGCAGGCGGUCCUCGAGAAUGAGAGUUUCAUCGCCGAAAAGGCCGACGUGCUGGUCCGGCGCAUCGUCUCCUCGGAAAACGGCACGGCCGACGUUUUCCUCCUCGACGGCCUUUUCAGUCUCGAGGUCAUCCUCAAGUGCGCCUUCAACCGACACUACGGCGACAGCCCCGCGGGGGACUCCCUCACGUACCUCCGAGCCAUGGACUCGAGCGCCGUGGCGAUCCAGGUUCGCGCCGCGCUUCCCAUCAUCCAGCGCGGUGUGGGCCGUCACCUUCCCGGGUUCGUCGGCCGGUCGUACCGCGGUUGGGACCUGUGGGAGAAGAUGACGAGCGCGUUGGUCGAAGGGUUUCAGGCCAACGAGGCUGCCCAAGACACCCGACAACGUUUCAUGGCCACUCCGGCCACGAUGAACGUCGACGGGUUUCUGGGUCGCAGGCUGAACCAACCCGAGUUGGUGGACGAGAUGAUGUCGAUCGCUUUCGCCGGGUCCGGAACCACCAGCACCACCCUCACCUACCUUUUGUACUCGAUGGCCAGGGACCAAGUUCGCCAGGAACGUCUGCGGGCCGAACUUUUCGCCGCGCCCGGCCACACACUCGGCGAACUUCAAGACCUCCCUUUUCUCAACGCGGUCAUCAAGGAGACUUUUCGUUUAUACCCCACCAUCAUUUCGACCUUGCCACGCGUACUCGAACAGUCGGUCAGUGUCGACAAGUACUUGUUACCUGUCGGUGCUUUUGUCGGGAUGCAAAAUUAUGUCCACCACCGUGACGCCAGUUUGUUUCCUCACCCAGACGAGUUUUGGCCGGAAAGAUGGCUUGUCGAUGAAAACGCCGCCGGUAGCAACGACAAACUAAAAGAUAUGAAUGCGGCUUUGACUCCGUUCAGUCUGGGACCUAGAAACUGUAUAGGUCAAAACUUGGCCCGAGCAGAACUGUACAUCGCCACGAGUCGCAUCUUCACAAAAGUCAGGUUGACGCUCAACGAAACCAUGACCGAGUGGGACAUGGAGAUGGAGGACAGGUUCAAUAUAGCCCCGAAGGGUAGAAGGUGUUUGCUCGACGUGGAACUUUUGAGUUAGACUCCAUGGUGGUUGUUUUUGUUGUGGUGGUUGAUCAAUGGCACUCGCGGACGCACGUCAAGCGAACGUCGAUUGAGAAUGUGAGCUCGGAAAUUUGAGUCUUCUCAUGUCAUGAUGAGCUCUGACCCAAGGCAUCAUAGGACGCCAUGGUAGAAAGUACCUCGAGUAAGGAAUACCGGUCUCGAUAUUGACCUACUGGACCAAUACAUACAUCUUUUGAAUGCUUC